UUCUCAUUCGUACACGCAACUUCCAUCGUAGGGACUGCAAAUAUCGGCCACUGCGCAAAUGCUCCUAGCUUCCUAGUUUUGCAGGGUGACGUGGCCACAGUUUAUAUUUCGAUCUUGCCUUGAAAGCAUCGUGCAAUAUAAAACUACCAAUUAAAAAUGCGUGAGUGUAUUUCUGUCCAUGUUGGCCAAGCCGGCGUCCAAAUUGGCAACGCCUGUUGGGAGUUGUAUUGCCUCGAGCAUGGCAUCCAACCCGACGGACAGAUGCCUUCUGAUAAGACCAUCGGAGGUGGCGAUGAUAGCUUCAACACUUUCUUUUCUGAAACCGGCGCUGGAAAACACGUUCCACGCGCAAUUUUCGUCGAUUUGGAACCUACCGUGGUCGAUGAGGUCCGUACCGGAACUUAUCGCCAACUUUUUCAUCCGGAACAACUUAUUACUGGAAAAGAAGAUGCUGCAAAUAACUACGCUCGUGGACACUACACCAUUGGCAAGGAGAUCGUUGACCUGGUGUUGGAUCGCACUCGCAAACUAGCUGACCAAUGUUCAGGUCUGCAAGGAUUUUUGAUUUUCCAUUCCUUUGGCGGUGGUACUGGCUCCGGUUUCACUUCUUUGUUGAUGGAACGUUUGUCUGUUGACUAUGGCAAGAAGUCUAAACUGGAAUUUGCAAUCUACCCGGCCCCUCAGGUUUCUACUGCUGUUGUUGAACCAUACAAUUCUAUCCUAACAACCCAUACAACUUUGGAGCAUUCGGACUGCGCGUUUAUGGUUGACAACGAAGCCAUCUACGACAUCUGUCGCAGGAACUUGGAUAUUGAGCGCCCAACCUACACCAACUUAAACAGGCUGAUUGGUCAGAUUGUUUCUUCAAUCACGGCUUCUCUUCGAUUCGACGGAGCUCUUAACGUGGAUCUCACCGAGUUCCAAACCAACUUGGUGCCGUACCCACGAAUUCAUUUCCCGUUGGUCACUUAUGCGCCUGUGAUCUCUGCGGAGAAAGCCUACCACGAGCAACUAUCAGUUGGGGAAAUUACCAACUCCUGUUUCGAGCCAUCUAACCAGAUGGUCAAGUGCGAUCCUCGGCAUGGUAAAUACAUGGCUUGCUGCAUGCUCUACCGAGGAGAUGUGGUACCCAAAGAUGUCAACGCCGCCAUUGCGACUAUUAAGACCAAGCGCAGCAUUCAGUUUGUUGACUGGUGCCCAACCGGAUUUAAGGUGGGCAUCAACUACCAACCACCAACUGUUGUACCUGGUGGAGAUCUUGCUAAAGUUCAAAGGGCCGUGUGCAUGUUGUCUAACACUACGGCUAUUGCUGAAGCUUGGGCUAGGUUGGAUCAUAAGUUUGAUUUGAUGUAUGCCAAGAGAGCCUUUGUCCACUGGUAUGUUGGUGAGGGCAUGGAAGAAGGUGAAUUCUCCGAGGCCAGAGAGGAUUUAGCUGCCCUCGAAAAGGAUUACGAAGAAGUUGGUAUGGAUUCAGGAGAUGGCGAAGGAGAAGGCGCUGAUGAAUACUAAAUGUACGCUUUUGCAUUUGCAUAUGCACAUGAAAAAAUCAAUAAAUUGAAUUGAAACCUAAA